GCUCAUUUUCGAUGCGGCGUCAAAGUACACGAGCCGUCAUUUUGAUCUGUAUUCUGUUAAGUGUAACUCACGGGAGGACAUUUUAGAAGCAUCUGCGUAAUUCUCACGACACUGGCACCAGCCGAAACGGAAUCACUCAAACCGGCAAAGGGAAUAUUGUGAUUGGUUUCAAGGACGAAUAUAAUGACGACUGAUACCACGAUGCGGUUGGUCUUCACGGUGAUGUUGUCUGGACUAAUGGUGACCGGCCUAUUAGGGGCAACGACUCAAGCAGCUAACACAGCAGCAACGACUCAAUCUGUUACUACAGUAGCAACCACUCAAGCAGAAACCACAGCAGCAACCACUCAAGCACAAACCACAGUAGCAACCACUCAAGCAGAAACUACAGUAGCAACGACUGAAGCAGAAACUACAAUAGCAACGACUGAAGCAGAAACCACAGCAGCAACAACUCAAUCUGCCACAACAGUGGCAACCACUCAAGCAGAAACCACUCAAGCAGCUACCACAGCAGCAACCACUCAAGCAGAAACCACAGUAGCAACCACUCAAGCAGAAACCACAGCAGCAACCACUCAAGCACAAACCACAGUAGCAACCACUCAAGCAGAAACUACAGUAGCAACGACUGAAGCAGAAACUACAAUAGCAACGACUGAAGCAGAAACCACAGCAGCAACAACUCAAUCUGCCACAACAGUGGCAACCACUCAAGCAGAAACCACUCAAGCAGCUACCACAGCAGCAACCACUCAAGUAGAAACCACAGUAGCAACCACUCAAGCAGAAACCACAGCAGCAACCACUCAAGCACAAACCACAGUAGCAACCACUCAAGCAAAAACUACAGUAGCAACGACUGAAGCAGAAACUACAAUAGCAACGACUGAAGCAGAAACCACAGCAGCAACAACUCAAUCUGCCACAACAGUGGCAACCACUCAAGCAGAAACCACUCAAGCAGCUACCACAGCAGCAACCACUCAAGCAGAAACCACAGUAGCAACCACUCAAGCAGAAGCCACAGCAGCAACCACUCAAGCACAAACCACAGUAGCAACCACUCAAGCAGAAACUACAGUAGCAACGACUGAAGCAGAAACUACAGUAGCAACGACUGAAGCAGAAACCACAGCAGCAACAACUCAAUCUGCUACAACAGUGGCAACCACUCAAGCAGAAACCACUCAAGCAGCUACCACAGCAGCAACCACUCAAGCAGAAACCACAGUAGCAACGACUCAAGCAGCUACCACAGCAGCAACGACUCAAUCUGUUACCACAGUAGCAACCACUCAAGCAGAAACCACAGCAGCAACCACUCAAGCACAAACCACAGGAGCAACCACUCAAGCAGAAACUACAGUAGCAACGACUGAAGCAGAAACCACAGCAGCAACAACUCAAUCUGCUACAACAGUGGCAACCACUCAAGCAGAAACCACUCAAGCAGCUACCACAGCAGCAACCACUCAAGCAGAAACCACAGUAGCAACCACUCAAGCAGAAACCACAGCAGCAACCACUCAAGCACAAACCACAGUAGCAACCACUCAAGCAGAAACUACAGUAGCAACGACUGAAGCAGAAACUACAGUAGCAACGACUGAAGCAGAAACCACAGCAGCAACAACUCAAUCUGCUACAACAGUGGCAACCACUCAAGCAGAAACCACUCAAGCAGCUACCACAGCAGCAACCACUCAAGCAGAAACUACAGUAGCAACGACUGAAGCAGAAACUACAGUAGCAACGACUGAAGCAGAAACCACAGCAGCAACAACUCAAGAAGAAACCAAAGCAGCAACCACUCAAGCAGAAACCACAGUAGCAACGACUCAAGCAGCUACCACAGCAGCAACGACUCAAUCUGUUACCACAGUAGCAACCACUCAAGCAGAAACCACAGCAGCAACCACUCAAGCACAAACCACAGUAGCAACCACUCAAGCAGAAACUACAGUAGCAACGACUGAAGCAGAAACUACAAUAGCAACGACUGAAGCAGAAACCACAGCAGCAACAACUCAAUCUGCCACAACAGUGGCAACCACUCAAGCAGAAACCACUCAAGCAGCUAACACAGCAGCAACCACUCAAGCAGAAACCACAGUAGCAACCACUCAAGCAGAAACCACAGCAGCAACCACUCCAGCACAAACCACAGGAGCAACCACUCAAGCAGAAACUACAGUAGCAACGACUGAAGCAGAAACUACAAUAGCAACGACUGAAGCAGAAACCACAGCAGCAACAACUCAAUCUGCCACAACAGUGGCAACCACUCAAGCAGAAACCACUCAAGCAGCUACCACAGCAGCAACCACUCAAGCAGAAACCACAGUAGCAACCACUCAAGCAGAAACCACAGCAGCAACCACUCAAGCACAAACCACAGUAGCAACCACUCAAGCAGAAACUACAGUAGCAACGACUGAAGCAGAAACUACAAUAGCAACGACUGAAGCAGAAACCACAGCAGCAACAACUCAAUAUGCUACAACAGUGGCAACCACUCAAGCAGAAACCACUCAAGCAGCUACCACAGCAGCAACCACUCAAGCAGAAACCACAGUAGCAACCACUCAAGCAGAAACCACAGCAGCAACCACUCAAGCACAAACCACAGUAGCAACCACGCAAGCAAAAACUACAGUAGCAACGACUGAAGCAGAAACUACAAUAGCAACGACUGAAGCAGAAACCACAGCAGCAACAACUCAAUCUGCCACAACAGUAGCAACCACUCAAGCAGAAACCACUCAAGCAGCUACCACAGCAGCAACCACUCAAGCAGAAACCACAGUAGCAACCACUCAAGCAGAAACCACAGCAGCAACCACUCAAGCACAAACCACAGUAGCAACCACUCAAGCAGAAACUACAGCAGCAACCACUCAAGCACAAACCACAGUAGCAACCACUCAAGCAGAAACUACAGUAGCAACGACUGAAGCAGAAACUACAGUAGCAACGACUGAAGCAGAAACCACAGCAGCAACAACUCAAUCUGCUACAACAGUGGCAACCACUCAAGCAGAAACCACUCAAGCAGCUACCACAGCAGCAACCACUCAAGCAGAAACCACAGUAGCAACGACUCAAGCAGCUACCACAGCAGCAAAGACUCAAUCUGUUACCACAGUAGCAACCACUCAAGCAGAAACCACAGCAGCAACCACUCAAGCACAAACCACAGUAGCAACCACUCAAGCAAAAACUACAGUAGCAACGACUGAAGCAGAAACUACAGUAGCAACGACUGAAGCAGAAACCACAGCAGCAACAACUCAAUCUGCUACAACAGCGGCAACCACUCAAGCAGAAACCACUCAAGCAGCUACCACAUCAGCAACCACUCAAGCAGAAACCACAGUAGCAACGACUCAAGAAGCUACCACCAGUGCAACGACUCAAUCUGUUACCACAGUAGCAACCACUCAAGCAGAAACCACAGCAGCAACCACUCAAGCAGAAACCACAGUAGUUACCACUCAAGCAGAAACCACAGCAGCAAUCACUCAAGCAAAAACCACAGCAGCAACCAUUCAAGCAGAAACUACAGUAGCAACGACUAAAGCAGCUACCACAGUUGCAACGACGCAAGCGGCUACCACUACACCUGCUUGUCAGCUGACCUGUGAAAACGAAGGAGUGCUGGACACAAAGUACUGUGAGUGCAUCUGCCUUCCUGGAUACUCCGGAACAAAAUGUGAAGUUAUUCCGGAAGAGAACCCAUGUGCAACAGGCGAACCUCAAUGCGAUACAGAAAGCGAAUACUGCUCGCCAAAUCCAACAGACCCAAAAGGCUACGAGUGUUUAUGUCGUACAGCGGAUGGAUUUGCGCCAGACGAGGACGGAAACUGCAGGCCCAAGAAGAGUUUUACUGCCGAGCUGCGUAUAACAGAAAUAAACGGCGAGCAGGCGGAGUACAAGCCAGAAUAUAGAGACAUUCACUCAAAGGCUUCGCAAGAACUAUUUGGCCAAGUGACACCAAUUAUACUUCAGUCCCUGAAGAGCAACCCAUUUACAUCGGCGGUCGAGAGUGUCAUAGGUGUUGGGUUGGAGGCAGGCAGCGUCAUCAUCAAGACGGCGGCCAUUUACAGUUCAAACGAAACCGUCUCGGACAAUCUCAUAGAGGAUGUUUUGCGGACAGAUGCGUUGGGAAACGCCAAUUCGUCUCUCACUCUGGACCCCGACGCGUUUCAGGUUUCAGAGUCGACCACCGCCUGCCCAUCCGAUUUCUGUUUGAACGUUGGAACAUGUGAAGCGACAGGUGACUAUCCGCAAUACGUCUACAGAUGCAGUUGUCCGGAAAGUAUCAGCGGUCCCAAUUGCGAAAACAUUGAUGGUUUGUCACCGUUUGUCAUUGUCGCGAUCGUCUUCGGCGGCCUUGCCCUGCUACUAGUGGCAGCGGUGGCCGUCUUCUGCCUGUGCGUCAAAACGCGAAACGCAAAGGGUGACGAGGACUCGGUCAUAGAGAACGGGAACGUGGACUUGCGAGCUAGGCCGGAGAUGUACGGCGAGCACCAGCAGACCACGUCGUUCUCCUCCGGGGAAGUCAACCAGGCGCUGAGUGAGGAGGAGCCGCGAAGAUCACGGUCAGUCUCUGACGACCUCUCGCCUGAAGAAGAGAGCCAAAUAAGCCAGAUAGCUGUCUUGAUGACACAACCGACAGAACAAGCUCAGGGAAGGGAGAUUAACAACCGGCCGCCAAGUCAGUACCAGUGGCAGGGCAUAACACUUCCCAGAGCCAAAAUCGACCGUCGGCCUGAUGAGGAGGCCGUUAGGAUUGAACUCAAUGAAAACGACGGAGGAAGAACGGCCGGUUACUACUUCUCCAAUAUUUAAUCUAGGCUAGCAUGAUCAGCAAUCGUCUCCUCGGCUCACUGAGAUAAAUGAAAGGGGACAAUAAAUAGGUUUGUAAAUUCAUCACAAAAAGUACAGAUGACAAAUAAGUUACAAGUAUGUCAAGAUAGUGUCAGAUUAUUCCAUCAUCAUGAUGCCAGAAUUUAGAACUUUAAAUCUUUUUGGGUGUUAUACUGACCUUCUUAUGUUCCAACGUGCCUUAGAUUAUUUAUACCUCUUCCACUUUAUUUGUAUUGACGUUUUUCGUAAUUGUAUACAAAAUUGUGCCAAUUUACAAAAAAAAAAGCAGGCCACCUAGCUGCAUGAAGCCAGCUUCAAAUCCAAUUUUACAAGAAAAGAAAAGUACACUUUAAUAGCAAUUUUUGAUUAGAUUCAUUGAGAUCUAGACCAUAUAGUUACGUGAUAUAAGGCAUUUUCUCCCUUGCGUUGA